AUGGCUAUAGCAGAGUCCUCCAAGGACGCCGCAAAUGGUGUAAAAUCACACGCAAAUGGCGCGCCGUCAAACUACGAGCUGCCAUGGGUCGAAAAGUACCGCCCCGUCUUCCUCGACGACAUUGUCGGCAACAACGAAACCAUCGAGCGGCUCAAGAUCAUCGCGCGCGACGGCAACAUGCCCCACGUCAUCAUCAGCGGCAUGCCCGGCAUUGGCAAGACCACUUCCAUCCUCUGCCUCGCUCGCCAGCUCCUCGGGGACGCCUACAAGGAAGCCGUCCUCGAGCUGAACGCCAGUGACGAGCGCGGUAUCGAUGUCGUGCGGAACAGGAUCAAGGGAUUUGCGCAGAAGAAGGUGACGCUGCCGGCGGGGAGGCAGAAGCUCGUAAUCCUGGAUGAAGCGGACAGCAUGACGUCUGGUGCGCAGCAGGCGCUGAGAAGGACGAUGGAGAUUUACUCGGGCACGACACGAUUCGCGUUUGCGUGCAAUCAGAGCAACAAGAUCAUCGAGCCGCUGCAGUCAAGAUGCGCCAUACUCAGAUAUUCACGGUUGACCGAUGGGCAGGUAGUGAAGAGACUCUACCAGAUCUGUCAGGCGGAGGAUGUACAAUAUAGCGACGAUGGAAUUGCGGCGCUGGUUUUCAGUGCAGAGGGUGAUAUGCGACAGGCGAUCAACAAUCUGCAGAGUACCCAUGCGGGCUUCGGCUUCGUUAACGGGGAUAAUGUGUUUCGGGUCGUCGACAGCCCUCAUCCUGUCAAGGUUCAGGCAAUGAUCAGAAGUUGUCAGGAGCAGAAGAUUGACGAUGCUUUGGAUUCACUGAAGGAGCUGUGGGAUCUGGGCUACUCCUCCCACGACAUCAUCUCAACCAUGUUCAAGGUCACUAAAACCAUCCCUGCACUGUCUGAGCACACGAAGCUGGAGUUUGUCCGCGAGAUCGGCUUCACCCACAUGAGGAUACUGGAAGGCGUGCAGACAUAUUUGCAACUUGCCGGGUGCGUGGCCAAGCUCUGCAAGCUGAACAUGAAGCCGCAGUUGCUCGUCGUCCCGAAGUCGUGA